AUGGAACGUAUUCUUCUUGCGACAAAUUAUCCUAAUUUACAUGAACUCAGUUUAUAUGAUAUUGAUGUAGAAAAAGCUAUAUCUCUCUUUAAUGACGACAUUGCUUUUACUCAUGUAAACAAAAAUCAAAUAGCAUCACUUGUUAUCGAUAUUAGUAAAGAUAAAAACUACAUUUCAAGACAAGACAUCACUAAUACUAUAUUUACAAAUAUUUUUACUAUGUUCACCAAUUUACAAUAUUUAAAUUUCAGUCCAACUUUAAUAUGGCAUCAACGAUUAUCAUUUGACAUGGUAUCUCCAAAUGUUCUUUCUUCAAAUCUGUUAGAAUUACAUGUUUCUGUGAUCUAUUUCACUGAUUUGCUUUAUUUACUUAAUGAAUGUUUCAAUCAACUUCGUAUACUUUAUGUUAAUGUUCAUCGAAUUAUUGGCAGAAGUCCAACAAUCCAUAGUGAGGAAAAAUUACCCAAUCUUAGAUGUUUUUCGCUAUAUUCUGAUAUGCGAGUACAUUUUUAUGAUGAAUUAAUUGUACCGCUUCUAAAUCGAAUGUUAAAUUUAGAAGAACUCGAUUUACAUCUUAGAGUCGACCGUUAUAAAGGAUUUAUUGAUGGAAAUGAUUUAAAAGAAAAUAUUAUCAAUUAUAUGCCAAGAUUAAAUAAAUUUACAUUUAAUAUUUGUUUAUUCAAUCGUACUUCUAAUCAAAUUAAUUUACGUUCAAAUGAAGAUAUUCAACGUACAUUUAAAGAUUUUAAAAAUAAUCAAAUUAUUUCUUGUGCGGACUAUUUCCAAGAAAAAAAAUAUAGUUAUUGUCAUAUUUAUUCAUAUCCAUAUAGAAUGAAAUAUUAUGAUAAUAUUACAAAUAACUUUCCAGGUGGAUUAUUUAAAUAUGUUCAUAAAGUAUCAUUAUAUGAUGAACAUCCAUUUGAACAUGAAUUUUUUCUUCAAAUUGCUCAAUCAUUUCCAUUUAUGAAAGAAUUAACUGUAAAUAAUUGUAAACCACAGAAGAACAAAUUAUAUAAUGAUAAUAAAGAUUUUUCAAUAAUUGAAUAUCCUUAUCUUACUUCUCUUAGUCUAAUUGAAGUUCAUGAUGAUUAUAUCGAACAAUUUUUACUUGAUAUGAAAAUGUGUUUACCAUAUAAUGUUCAUCUUUAUAUAUUCUUAUCUCUUUUGCAUUGUUGUAGUGUUCCAUACAGUGCAUUAUCAUCAACAUUACUUUUAAUUGAACAAACAUCAGCACGUUUAGAAAUAAUUCGCGUAUUAUCAAAUUCUUUUCGAUCAGUUCUUAGUUUAUCAUCAAAUGAUUUAGUACAUUGUGUUUAUUUAUGUGUAAAUAAAGUUGCACCAGAAUAUGAUGGAAUUGAAAUAGGUAUUGGUGAAACAAUAAUAAUAAAAGCAAUUGCUGAUAGUACAGGACGUACAGUUGAACAAUUAAAAUUAGAUUAUAAAUCAAAAGAAGAUUUAGGUCUUGUUGCUGAAAGUCGACAACGUAAAAGUGAUAUAAUAAAAAGUCUUUUAGUUUCAUGUCAAUCUCAUGAAAUUCGUUAUCUUGUUCGUUGA